GCGGUACUGCGGUCUGAAGAAGCGAUAAAAGGCUGCCUGCUCCCCCCUCCCCUUUUUAUUCUACUCGCGCGCCGCUCCAAACCGGAAGUACUUCAGUGUUCAGCCAAGGCCAAGAUCACCGCUAGCUGAGCAGCAAGAUGGCUCACAGGCUGCUACUGCGCAGAAUUUGGACGCUCUCUGCGAAAGACGUCCGCAGCCUCCCAGCGUCCACCGCCGCCGCAACCUCCUCUUUCUCCACCUCUUCGCUGCAGUGCACCGCAACCAGAGCGUCCUUCCUCUCGCCCCGCUCCCUCCCUCGCUCCCCCCGCCGGAAGGUCUCCUUCAACGUCCAGGACCACGAGGACUUCACCGAACGGGUGAUCAACAGCGAGCUGCCGGUGCUCGUCGACUUCCAUGCGCAGUGGUGUGGUCCCUGUAAGAUCCUUGGGCCGAGGUUGGAGAAGGCCGUUGCGAAACAGAAAGGCCGCGUUGCCAUGGCGAAGGUCGACAUCGAUGACCACACAGACCUGGCCAUCGAGUACGGGGUGUCUGCCGUCCCCACCGUGAUCGCCAUUCGUGGAGGCGACGUGGUCGACCACUUUGUGGGGAUCAAAGACGACGACGAGCUGGACUCAUUUGUCGGCAAGGUCAUCGGAUAGCAACCAAGCUCGUUGGCAACCCUGCCGCUCAUCGCCAUCACGUCGCAGUUGUGUGUGUGUGUGAUCCCGGCCGCCAUCAUCAAAAAAACCUUACCGCCGCCCACGGUGGCAAACGCUCAGAGCGCUCACACCCAUCCCUAGACGAACCGCGUCUGCAUCGUUUCUUCAGUCUUUUUUUUUUUUUUGUGUCCAGAGAUGGGUGUGUGCUUUCAUUUUUGUGUUCUAGCGUUUUCCAUUUCCCUUCAAUAAUGUGACCGCUCCACGAGAGCAGCCGGGCUCUCUAUGCGUACACACACGUCUGCAGAGUGGAAACUACGCCACUGCACAUAUACUGUAUGAUGAACUUCUUUUUAACUUUAGCGGGUGGAGAGGAUUCUUCUUAAAAGCUGACAUUACUGAAUGAGGCUAGCGACAGUGUUACCCUGCAGUUCCCACUUUUAUCCACACGGUGGCGGCGUUUAUCUUCACAUCGCAAAAGCCACACACGGGUCGUUUUACACCAUCCUGCCUGAUGUGGGAGAGGAAGCUGCGCGCGUGUGAGUCUGACGCGUGUCAUGUGGGAAUUGGGGAAAUACGAGUUUGAUUUAGUUUAUUACUCCAAUGAACUAUAUGUACCGGAAUUGUGACCAAGUGAAUUAAUAAAGUUUCAGAAGAUGUUCUGUUUUGUUUUUUUUGAGUUUUUGACUUAACCUGGUGGUCAAGACAUUUCUUCCAAAUGAUACUAAUGGGAUGUAAGUUAUGUAUAACUUUUUCCCACAAAAUAAAUGGAGAAAUAACA